AUGCAUUCAUCCUUUUGCCCACUUUUGAUGAUGAUGAAGAUCUUUUGUUAUAAUAUUAGGGGUUUGAAUACAUCCCUCCGGCAAGUAGAACUCAAGAGAUGGGUUCAAGCUUCUAGACCUUUAUUAGGAGGAUUUUUGGAAACACAUGUUCAAAUAGAGAAUGCGACUGCUAUUUUGGCCCGGAACUUCCCGGGUUGGCGUUAUGAUUUUAACUAUACCUCUAAUGCUCAAAAUGGGAGAAUUUGGAUUGUUUGGGAUCCUGCUGUCAAUGUUAUCACCUUCUGUAAGACUGAUCAGCUCAUCACCUGUGGAGUUUUCGACACUGCGGCUAAUCUAUCCUUCUCAUUAACCUUUGUCUAUGCCCGUAACUGCAUGAUCGCAAAGAGAGAGUUAUGGCAAACUUUACAAGAACUUCAUGACUACGGUCUCCAACGCAAUCAUCCUUGGUUGAUUCUUGGGGAUUUCAACCAGAUCCUUAGAGCGGAUGAGCACUACUCACUCCUUCCUUAUCCUCAUCCAACUCAAGGUAUGGCUGAAUUUCAACAAUGCAUUGACUCUUGUGAAUUUCUGGAGCUGGCAAGUAGAGGGGCGGACCACACCUGGUUUAAUAGUCAGAUUCACAAUCCGAGCACUAGGAAGCUUGAUAGAGCACUGGUCAACAAAGCAUGGUUGACAACUUUCCCUCAGGCAAAUGCUCUUUUUGAUGCUCCGGGAGGUUCAGAUCACUGUCCUAUUCUAGUUGCGACCUCUGAAAAUGAAGAAAGAAGAAAGGUCCCCUUCAAGUUCUACUCCUUCUUUACUUCGCAUCCUGACUAUCCAGGACAAGUUGAAGCAGCCUGGAACUCAACUAUUGUGCAAGGGAAUAUGAUGUUCUCCCUUUGUCAGAAGCUCAAGGCUGUUAAGAUGGUUUGUAAAAGCUUGAUACGCACUCACUUCAGUAAUAUUCAAGCGAGAUCAGCGGAAGCAUUGGAAGCUCUGAGCAAUACUUAG